AUGGCCACUGCGCGUGCCCAAUGGCCACUGCGCGUGCCCAAUGGCCACUCCGUAGGAUCACCGAUGUCAGGGUUCAGGAUUUGCAGCGUUCUGCCUCUCAACCUCACCACAGAUAACGAGGCCUUCUGGAACGGCUGUGUUGUUCUCCUCGACGUCACAUCUGAUGUGGGCCUCCAACAGGUGUGCCGCUCUGCCACCUACCAAGCCCAGCUUGCGCAGGGCCGUGCCUCAUCAUUUCUCGAUCUGGUUUUUACCACAGACAUCACUCGGAUGCUCUCCUGUGACGUGUAUCCUGGCCUGUCCGGGAGCGACCACCAAGCAAUAGAGGUUGUGUAUGCCACUUGUCUCCCUCGGAAAGGCCGGUUUGCACGGACUCUGUGGAACUUUUAUAGGACCGACCAUGCCCAUAUGGCUAAGUUAGCCCAUCUUGCACCCUGGUGUCUUACCACUGGGGACGAUUGCGCUGACAACUACGAACUCUGGUGCGACUUUGUUGGCGCCAUCCAGAAAGAAUGCGUGCCCUGCUCGCGUAGUUCCACGCGAAGGAAGAGGUCCCCUUGGAUCACCCCCGAAAUCAAGAAAAUGGCUGGCCAGAAACGAGCCCUCUUCAAACGUGCCGCUCGUACACAGUGCCAGAUUUCACUUCAGAGUGCUAAAGAUUUGCAGCGCUCAAUCAAGUCUGCCAUCUCUCGUGCUCACAGUGCUUACGCCCACACCAUCUCUAUGAAGGCAAAAAAGGACCCUAAGCUGUUCUGGCAGUAUUUCAAUGGGCUUCAGUCUAGCCGACAGCGUCCCUGUUUCUCCAGAGACCAUCACCCCAUCACGUCCCCCAGGGACGUAGCCCAACUCUUCGCUUCACAGUUCUCCUCUGCUUUCAGCCACAACUCCUCUACUCCAGAUCCCGACCUUCUUGUGCAGACUAUCGAAGCUUCCACCUCCCAACCUGUAACCUGCCUUCCAAAUUUGUGCUUGUCCCUCGACGACCUGCAUGAAGCUGCCCGACUGAUCCGGCCCUCCCACUGUGCUGGGCCUGACCUGCUCGCCCCUACUUUCAUCAAGUCCCUAUUCCCUUACCUAUCUUUCUCCUUGCUCUCACUUUUCCAAUCCUUUCUCGACCACUCCUACGUGCCCUCCGCGUGGAAGAAGGCCCUUGUGACACCAGUUCACAAGGGUAAAGGGAAACCUCUCAACGACCCUUCCAGCUACAGGCCCAUCUCUAUUACUUCUAUCCUCUGCCGCACUUUCGAACGCACCAUCAACCAGCACCUUCUUCGCUUUCUGGACAACAACGGCCUUCUUUCUGCCUCCCAGCAUGGUUUUAGGCCCAACCAAAGCUGUGAAAAAUUGCACAAUCCGGUAUUCGUGGCCCCCUGCUGCUCUGGCUGA